ACCAGACAGCAGGUCAUUUUCACUUUCAGUGUCUGCAGCCUUUAAAUAGCCUGCUGCUUACUGCUUUUGCAUCAUUGCAGAGGAUCCUUGACUGUCAGCGAAACUACGAGUAUACCGAUCUUGUGAAGCCACUUGACCAUGGACUCCCCAAUGUGCCUCGUUAAAAACGCCGAUGGAGAGCUUUGCGUAGAACCUGAGGCCAUCGACUACCUGAUGGGACUGAAACAGCGAGUCGUAGUUGUGGCGGUGGUCGGGCUGUAUCGCACCGGAAAGUCCUACCUCAUGAACAAGCUGGCUCAGAAGAAAAGUGGUUUUGCCCUUGGAGCCACCAUCCAGUCCAAGACUAAGGGUAUCUGGAUGUGGUGUGUCCCUCAUCCUGAAAAAACAGACCACACCCUGGUGCUGCUGGAUACAGAGGGACUGGGGGAUGUGGAGAAGGGGGAUUCUAAGAAUGAUGCCUGGAUCUUCUCCCUGGCCAUUCUGUUAAGCAGUACUCUGGUCUACAACAGUCAAGGGACCAUCAACAAUGAUGCUGUGGAGAAGCUUCAAUAUGUUAACGAGCUGACAGAGAUGAUCAAGGUGAAGUCUUCCACUGACGAUAAGGAGGAAGGAGAGGGCACCCAGUUUAUGCAGUUCUUUCCUAAUUUUGUGUGGACCGUCAGAGAUUUCACUCUACAGCUCGAGAUCGACGGCAGAGAAAUCACUCCAGACCAGUAUCUGGAGAAUUCCCUGCAACUCAAGAAAGGUACUAGUAAAAAGAUCAAUGACUACAACUUCCCGCGAGAGUGCAUCCGGAACUUCUUCCCCUCACGCAAGUGUUUUGUGUUCCCCUCCCCUACAACUCCUGACAACAUGCAACGACUGGACUCCAUGGACGAGGCUGAGCUGUCUGAAAGAUUCAGAGAGGUCGCAGAUACUUUCUGCCGCUUCAUUUUCCAGGAGAGCCGUACGAAGACUGUUAUAGGGGGACACACAUUGACCGGAGAGAUGGCACAUGUUUUUCCUCACACCUGUCUGAUUGCAGUGCUGGGGCACUUGGUCACCACCUAUGUGGAGACCAUAGCCAAAGGCAAUGUGCCUUGUCUGGAGAAUGCUGUGUUGGCCAUGGCUAAAAUUGAGAACCAGGCUGCUGUGGAUGAGGGCCUGGCGGUGUACCAGGAGGGAAUGGAGGAUGUGAAGGCCUUAUUCCCGGUGGACAUCAAUCAGCUGUCAGAGAACCAGCUUUGCUCAGAGGCCCAGGCCAGACAGGCGUUUAUGAAGCGAUCCUUCAAAGACGAAAAUGGGGAAUUCUUGAAAGCUCUUGCGGAGGCCAUUGGCAACCACAACGUCAACCUUUUCAAACAGAACAAGGAUGCCUCUGAGAAGAAGUGCAAGGCCCUUCUGGAGAAUCUGUCUGCUCUGAUGGAUCAGUGGGUGAAGAAGGGGACGUACACCACACCAGGAGGCUAUGAGCUUUACUGCAAUCACCAUGACAACAUAGUGGCACAGUACCGGGCCGAGCCCAACAAAGGAGUCAGGGCUGAGGAGGUUCUGGAGCAGUUCCUGAAGGGAAAGAGUGCAGAGUCCAACUCCAUCCUGCAAGCUGACAAAAAAAUGACUGAAAAAGAGAAGGAAAUCCAAGCUGAGAAGAUGAAAACAGCUGAGCUGGAGCACGAGAAGGCAGCAUUCAAGGAGCAACAGGCAGAGAUGGAGCGCACCAUUGAGAACAAUCGCAUUCGCCAGGAGAAGUACUUGAAGGAGAAGAUGGAGAAGGAGAAGAAGCAAGAGCAGCAGGAGUUCAACAGGACCCUGGACCGCAGGAUGCAGGAGCAGAAAGAUCUCCUGGAGAAGGGCCAUAAGGAGAAGGCUGAGCUGAUGAGACAAGAGAUCUUGGAGAUUAAGAAGAAUAAUCAAUUGGAAAGGGAAGCCAAUGCCCAGAAUCAGAAGGCUCUGCAGGAAUUAUUCAAGCAGCAGGCUGAGGGACAGAGUAGAGAGAGGGAAAUGUUCAUGAGGGACCUCAACAAUAGAUCACAGGCCCCCGCUCAAGUUGUUGAACGACUUGUUCCUCAACAGCCCUGUAUCCUAAUGUGAUCCACUCCACCUUGAAUUCCUGACUAUGAAAAGUAAACUGAUAUUGAGUCUUGAAGCGUUGAAGUGUUUGUCUUCUGUAACCAUCAUUGUUUUUAUCUGAUCCUGCUGGUUAUCUAUGAAAGCUGAUGUAACAAGGGCUUUAUAAAAUACAGUUGAUUGAUUGA